GAAAAAAGAAGCUAAGGGAACGGGACCUAGUUUGAUCGUUUCCGGCAGUUCCCAUGUUCCAGUUUCCUGGGAAGCCCUUUCUCGUCCCUGACUGGAGCUCCCUGAGGCCAGCAGCAGCCGUGGAUUCCAGGGCGUUCAGGCAGUCCGGCCAGAUGACUGGGGAGUGGGUGCGCCCAGGCCAGACCCUGAUCUGGGCUGUUUGGAUCCUUGCAGUGGCCACCAAGGGGCCAGCUGCAGAUGCACCAGUGAGGAACACCAGGCUGGGAUGGGUCCGCGGGAAGCAAGCCACUGUCCUGGGAAGCGCCAUGCCUGUGAACGUGUUUCUCGGGGUCCCCUAUGCUGCACCUCCUCUAGGACCCCUGCGAUUUGCCAACCCGAAGCCUGCGUUGCCCUGGAAUGACGUCCGAGACGCCACAUCCUACCCUAAAUGGUGCCUCCAGGACACAGACUGGGUGCUUACAGAUCAACAUAUUCUCAAGGUGCAUUACCCCCAAUUCGAAGUGUCAGAAGACUGCCUGUACCUUAACAUCUAUGCGCCGGCCCACGCGGACACUGGCUCCAAGCUCCCCGUCAUGGUGUGGAUUCCUGGGGGUGCCUUCCAGACUGGCUCAGCCUCCGUCUUUGAUGGGUCUGCCCUGGCUGCCUACGAGGAUGUGCUGGUUGUGACAACCCAGUACCGGCUAGGAAUACUUGGCUUCUUCAACACAGGGGACCAGUACGCUCCUGGGAACUGGGCGUUCAUGGACCAGCUGGCCGCCCUAACCUGGGUCCAGGAGAACAUCGAGUCCUUUGGCGGGGACCCACGCUCUGUGACCAUCUUCGGCGAGUCAGCGGGCGCCAUCAGUGUAUCCAGCAUUGUUCUGUCCCCCUUGGCCAACGGCUUAUUCCAGAAAGCCAUCAUGGAGAGUGGGGUGACCAUCAUUCCAUUCUUGAAGGCCCCUGAUGAAGAGAGAAAUGAGGAUUUGCAGGUGAUUGCGAACAUCUGUGGUUGCAGUGCAGCGGACUCGGUGGCCCUGCUGCAGUGCCUGAGGGCAAAGUCUUCCCAAGAACUGCUGAGCAUCAACCAGAAAACCAAGUCUUUUACUCAAGUGGUUGAUGGUUUUUUCCUUCCUGAUGAGCCUCUAGCACUACUGACUCAAAAGGCAUUUAAUCCAAUUCCUUCUCUCAUCGGAGUCAAUAACGACGAGUGUGGCUACGUGCUGCCCUUGAAGGAGAUUCCUCAGGUCCUCGGGGGCACCAACAAGUCUCUCGCCCUGCACUUGAUACACACGAUCCUGCACAUCCCCACCCAGUAUUUACACCUCCUGGCUGAUACGUACUUCCGCAACAAGCACUCGCACUUUGAGAUACGAAAUCGUUUUCUGGACUUGCUUGGAGACGUGUUCUUUGUGGUCCCUGGGUUGGUCACAGCUCGAUAUCACCGAGAUGCUGGCGCACCUGUUUACUUCUACGAGUUUCAGCACCGGCCCCGGUGCUUCAAUGACACGAAGCCAGCUUUCGUCAAAGCCGAUCACUCGGAUGAAGUUCGCUUUGUCUUUGGUGGUGCCUUCCUCAAGGGCGACAUUGUCAUGUUCGGUAAGGGACUGGCCUCGGGCCGCUGCUCUUCCAACCCGGCCGGGUGUUUGGGGAUGGAAGCCUCACCCCUGUUUCUGCUCACUCCCAGGGACCCUAAUGAGGAAGGCCUGCUUUUGUGGCCGGCCUACAAUCAGACGGAGCAGUACCUGCAGCUGGACUUGAACCUCAGUGUAGGACAGAGGUUGAAAGAGCAGGAGGUGGAAUUUUGGACGAAGACCAACCCCCUGAUAACGUCCACUUCCGGAGUGCUCCACUCUCCUCUUUCCCUCUUAACCUUGCUUUCUCUGCUCCUGCCUUUCUUUUUCUCUUUUGCUCCUUGA